GAGCCUCCGCCCCGGCAACAGCAGCAGCAGCAGCUGCAGCAGCAGCAUCACCAUCACCCCCCCCCCGCACCCCUCCGAGCAGGGAGGCAGCGAUGGAGGACGGAUUUUCCAGCUACAGCAGCCUCUACGACACCUCCUCGCUGCUCCAGUUCUGCAACGAUGACAGCGCUUCAGCAGCAAGUAGCAUGGAGGUUACUGAUCGCAUCGCGUCUCUGGAGCAGCGGGUCCAGAUGCAAGAAGAUGACAUCCAGCUGCUCAAGUCAGCUCUGGCCGAUGUAGUUCGACGUUUGAAUAUUACAGAGGAGCAGCAGGCCAUGUUGAAUAGGAAAGGACCUACCAAAGCAAGACCUCUGGUACAAACACUGCCUUUAAGAACUACUGUUAAUAAUGGAACUGUGUUACCAAAGAAACCCAGUGGCUCUCUGCCUUCCCCCUCAGGGGCCAGGAAAGAAACGAUUUCACCAGCAACUAAAAGGUCUGUGAAUCUUCUCAGUGCAUGCAAACUGAAUAGAUCUGCUCCAAGUACCAUCAAAAGAACAAGCUCAACUGAGCGUGUGUCUCCUGGAGGCCGGAAGGAAAGCUAUGGAGAUUCCAAAGGGAGCCGCAAUCGAACGGGAUCAACUAGCAGUUCUUCUAGUGGGAAAAAGAACAGUGAAAGCAAACCCAAGGAACCUAUGUUCAGUGCAGAGGAAGGAUACGUAAAAAUGUUUCUUCGUGGACGUCCUGUUACUAUGUACAUGCCCAAAGAUCAAGUGGAAACUUACAAUUUGGAAGCAAAAGUAGACCUACCAGCCAAGAGACUUAAAUUGGAAUGGGUUUACGGAUAUCGGGGUCGAGACUGCCGGAACAACCUCUACCUACUCCCGACGGGCGAGACUGUCUACUUCAUUGCAUCAGUGGUUGUGCUGUACAAUGUUGAGGAACAACUUCAGAGACAUUACACUGGCCACAACGACGAUGUAAAGUGCCUGGCUGUUCAUCCUGAUAGAAUCACCAUAGCAACAGGCCAAGUUGCAGGUACAUCGAAGGAUGGAAAACAAUUACCCCCCCACGUACGUAUCUGGGAUUCUGUUACCUUGAAUACGCUACACGUCAUCGGAAUGGGAUUUUUUGACCGUGCUGUCACCUGCAUUGCUUUUUCUAAAUCUAAUGGAGGAAGUAACCUGUGUUCGGUGGACGACUCCAAUGACCAUGUGCUCUCUGUGUGGGAUUGGCAGAAGGAAGAAAAAUUGGCAGAUGUCAAGUGCUCCAAUGAAGCUGUAUUUGCCGCCGAUUUUCACCCCACUGAUACAAAUAUAAUAGUUACCUGUGGAAAAUUGCAUCUCUACUUUUGGACAUUAGAAGGAAACUCACUUAUUAAAAAACAAGGGCUAUUUGAGAAACAAGAGAAGCCAAAGUUUGUCCUCUGUGUGACCUUUUCUGAAAAUGGGGAUACUAUCACUGGAGAUUCAAGUGGAAAUAUCUUGGUUUGGGGAAAAGGUACCAAUAGAAUAAGCUAUGCAGUUCAAGGAGCCCAUGAGGGUGGUAUUUUUGCACUUUGUAUGUUAAGAGAUGGUACCCUGGUGUCAGGAGGAGGAAAAGACAGAAAAUUAAUAUCUUGGAAUGGAAAUUAUCAAAAACUUCAUAAAACUGAGAUUCCAGAGCAGUUUGGGCCAAUCCGGACAGUAGCCGAAGGAAAAGGUGACGUUGUGUUAAUAGGCACUACUAGAAACUUUGUUUUACAAGGCCCGCUGACAGGAGACUUUUAUCCAAUUACCCAGGGUCACACUGAUGAGCUGUGGGGACUAGCCAUUCACUCCUCUAAAACUCAGUUCUUGACAUGUGGAUAUGAUAAACACGUCACUCUCUGGGAUGCUUCCAGUCACUGCCCCAUCUGGAACAAAAUAAUAGAGGAUCCAGCCCAGGCUUCCGGUUUUCAUCCAUCAGGAUCAGUUGUUGCUGUUGGAACCCUCACCGGAAGGUGGUUUGUGUUUGACACAGAAACAAAAGAUCUGGUCACUGUCCACACAGAUGGAAAUGAGCAGCUGUCUGUAAUGCGUUACUCACCAGAUGGAAAUUUUUUGGCCAUCGGUUCACAUGACAACUGUAUCUAUAUCUAUGGUGUAAAUGACAACGGAAGGAAAUACAGUAGAAUUGGCAAAUGUUCAGGUCAUUCCAGCUUUAUUACUCACUUGGACUGGUCUGUUAAUUCACAGUACCUCGUGUCUAAUUCAGGGGACUACGAAAUUCUUUAUUGGGUUCCCUCUGCUUGUAAGCAAGUUGUAAGUGUGGAGACGACUAGAGAUAUUGAGUGGGUGACCUACACGUGUACUUUGGGAUUCCAUGUUUUUGGAGUAUGGCCUGAAGGCUCCGAUGGAACAGAUCUCAAUGCCGUCUGCAGAGCCCACGAGAAAAGACUUCUCGCCACCGGGGAUGAUUUUGGCAAAGUGCAUCUUUUCUCUUAUCCCUGUUCACAGUUUAGGGCUCCAAGCCAUGUGUACGGUGGACACAGUAGUCAUGUAACAAAUGUAGAUUUUCUAUGUGAAGACAGCCAUCUCAUCUCCACAGGUGGAAAAGAUACAAGUAUUAUGCAGUGGCGAGUCAUCUAAAGGGGACUUCAGUGCGAACACAACAUAAUCACGCGAUGACCGUGAGCAGACGUUCUGUAAAAGCUGCAUCUUUAAGAGAUGUAUUUGCAGUUUAGCUUGGUCACUGUGAUUUUUGUUUCGUUUUUGUUUAAAAUUUCUUACAAACCUCAGGAAAAUUUUGCCCUCUGCCGGUUACCUUAGCUUAGCAAUUCAAGAAAUGUCACUUCUGAAAAGCAAUUUCUAUUUUCUCUUUUAUUGUACAAUUAUGAGACAGUUCAAAUCUAAUAUAAAGAUGACUCCAAAGUUUACAGAGCAGUGGUAUGAACAGAAGUAACUGGUGAAUACUUAGCAACUUUUCUAGAAACUCUACUAAAAUGGUCACAGAAUGCCUUUCCAAAAACUGUAUAUAUGUUCUUAAUUCUUUCACCAUCUACACCAUGUAAUCUAUCUAUUUAGAGUAUUUAUGGCAACACUGAGGUACUGAAUUAUGACAGUUAAUGAUUCUUUGACCCAAAAAGGCUAAACCACACCAGAAGAAUUUCAAAUAGCCGAGCAGCAUAUCGACUCAGAAAUGAAGGUAUGGCAUGCAUUAAAUUCUUCCUGUGGGUGGAUUUCUGUUCCUUUUGUAUGCAGCAGAUUCAAUUCCAAAUUGAUUUAAAGACUUCAACAGGAGAUGCCCGUAUUUAACUGGUUCUGGGAUUGCGUGCUGCCCAAACAAAUUAAAACCAACCUUUUCCUAGGCAAACGAAGAAUUUCUGACUAUGUUUGAGUUAUCAACCACCCUUGUGCCCAUAAAUGGUUGACAUUUAGCUGCCAUAAUCUGUAUAUUAAUCGGCAUGAAACGGUAUUGUAUUUGUAUAGGAUUUUAGCGAUUCAUAAUAAAUAGGUAAGGCUAGACUUUACUUUUUUAUGCUUAUGGAUACUGUAUAUUUGUAUUUUAAGACCAAGAAGGCCAAGUCAAAAGGAUAUCUUUUAAGUGUACCAUAAACCUGCAGAGGGAAAAGGAAGUCUUGAAAGCCUACAUGAAAUAUUAAUGUGCAACUUCUGGUCCCUGUCUCUUGUGCAUGGAUGGAUAUUUAUAGUAUGAAAUAAGGUUGUGUUUUGCUAUGAAGUCAUAAUGGAGGUGGCAUAAAAUGGUUCAGAAGGCCUUAUCAAUUUUGAUCAUGUGCUACAGAUUGAAAUGUAUUGUUUACAUUGGGGAAUGUAUCUAAGAUUUUAAAAUAGAGGAAUAAACAGACACUUAAAAGCUACUAUUAAAGUUUUUGCUUGUAAUGGACAAGUAAAUGUGUUGAAUUCUCUGAACUCUACAACACUGGUUGUUUAGAGUGAUUAAUUAAAUGACACAGAAUAAAUAAAAGUUUGAAACAUUUUCUAUUACAUCUCCAACCUGCUAUGUUGAAAGUGCAGGUCACCA